CCAGUCUCCUAGAUCUGUGGUGGGCAAAUGCCAACGGGUCUACCCUCAUUUGCCUCGUUCCCCUUCAGCGACCUGCCCUUCCGCUUCAGCCUUUACUAUGACUUCAGAAACUGGAUGCAAGCAAUAUCCAGACUGUGCAACCUUAUCAAUGGUAUGAACAUUUCUGCGGCAGCUUUUGCUGGGAGCCUGUUGUUUGGGUAAUGAGAAAAACCUGACCCCUUGCAUGUGCUUCUGAGAAACCCAUUGCUGUUUCAGACUAUCGGUCAGCGUGGACUGCGAGCGGGAACAACCCACCAUGAAUAAAUCACUUCUUUCCUUGACUGGAAACUAUUCUGCUCAGAAUGUCUCGGAAGAGACUUCCAGACUCUUGCACUUCAAGGAUGGAGACUGUCACGUGCCAUUGGCAAUGGUCUUCACCUUGGCCCUGGCUUAUGGGGCUGUUAUCCUCCUUGGCGUUUCCGGAAACCUGGCUUUGAUCAUCAUCAUCUUAAAACAGAAGGAGAUGCGCAAUGUUACCAACAUCCUUAUAGUCAACCUUUCCUUUUCAGACCUCCUCAUUACCAUCAUGUGUCUUCCCUUCACAUUUGUAUAUACCCUAAUGGACCACUGGGUUUUUGGGGAGGCCAUGUGCAAGCUGAAUCCUUUUGUGCAGUGCGUCUCCAUCACAGUCUCUGUUUUCUCUUUGGUCCUCAUUGCUAUCGAGCGCCAUCAGCUGAUUAUCAAUCCCCGUGGCUGGAGACCCAACAACAGACAUGCUUACGUAGGAAUUGCUGCCAUCUGGAUCCUUGCACUGGCUUCAUCUUUGCCUUUCUUUGUAUAUCACGUGCUAACUGACGACCCUUUCAAAAACAUAACCAUAGAGGAAUACAAAGGCAAAUACGUGUGCUUGGAUUCAUUUCCGUCAGAGACAAUCAGGCUAUCCUAUACCACAGUUCUCUUGAUCAUACAGUACCUGGGACCUCUUUGUUUUAUAUUUAUUUGCUACUUAAAGAUAUACAUACGCCUAAAAAGAAGGAGCAACAUGAUGGACAAGAUGAGAGACAAUAAAUACCGAUCCACUGAAACUAAAAGGAUCAACAUCAUGCUCAUGUCUAUCGUGGUGGCAUUUGCAGUCUGCUGGCUGCCUCUGACCAUCUUUAAUACAGUCUUUGACUGGAAUCAUGAAAUUCUACCGGGUGCAACUUGCAUCCACAACUUGUUGUUUUUAAUCUGCCACCUCACAGCAAUGAUUUCGACCUGUGUGAACCCCAUUUUUUAUGGGUUCCUCAACAAAAACUUCCAAAGGGACUUGCAGGUGUUAUUUCGCUUCUGCGAUUUUAAUGUAAGGGAUGAUGAUUAUGAGACGAUAGCCAUGUCCACGAUGCACACAGACAUUUCCAAAACCUCACUGAAGCAAUCCAGUCCCAUCACCUUUAAAAAAAUAAGUGACAAUGAUGAUGAAAAAAUAUAAUUAAACCACCCAAACCUCUGUCAUCGGUGACUGAGUUCAAAGGACAAGCACAAUUGCAUAAAGAAAUGGAUAUUUCUCUCUCCUUCCUCCCCUUUGAGGAACUAUAAAAUGUCACUGUUACAUAUUUGCUGGGUGUGUGUGUGUUGCUGCUUGUAAAAAGCAGAAUAAUUCUAACUAAUUUGUAAUAUAAGGAAUGUUGGCCCUUUUUCUGCUUGAAGUCUCCAUCAAGUGCUUUUCAGCCUGUUGCCCUGCACUUUGAUACAUUUCUACACUUAGAUUUAUUCUGUAUUUAUUUAAAAGGGCAUUUUGUCUUUUGGGAAUGUUUAAAUCCGCCCAGGAAAAAAAGAACUCCUAAUGCUUCACUAAAGCCUGCAACAUAAAGUCUCUUCUCGUACAGAGUUAGGUCUUUGUGAACUGGCCAGCUGUUUUUGUGUUGGAAAAGCCCUAUACGCCAGGAGCAACAGAUUGUCUAGAAAGCAUUACUCAGAAGCCUACAGAUUAAAACAAAUGGCUAUGUACAUUUCAUUAUUUAAAGGUAUAAAUAAUAUAAGAUAUUAGAACAUAAGGGUAAAAAUAAAUGACAAAUUCUGGACACAAUCCAGCCAAAUUUCAGCACUAAAGCUGUAAGCCUAGGCACACUUAUAAGGGGAUAAAAUUGCUCUAAAUUUAGUGCAACUGAUUUCUGAAAUAAGCAUGGUUAGGAUCACACUGCAUGUUACGGGGAUUUUAGUGAGAUUGUUACACGUAUGGGUAAUAUCUCCCAUUUAAUUAAAAGGGAGCUGCAGCGUGAUCUUAAACAGAGUCGCAUCCUUCUAAGCCAGUUCACUCCAAUGGACUUAGAAGGGUGUAGCUUUGCUUAGGAUUGCAUUGUUAGUGUGUCGCUUUGUCUGGAUCGUACACUUUGAAACUAGUUAUAUUACAGCAACUCUGCCGACAGAAUUAUCCAUAAAUGCGUCUGAUAGACUUUUAUGACAGAAAUCAUGCGCAGCUCAAUUACAGUGAUCAUAUCAUGGCACUAAAGUUGAAUGAACCCAAGGCCAAAGUGUGGCAAAUUAUUAACUAAACCUUAUCAGAGUCCUAAUUUUUGAAGUCCAACAUUUGAUCCAGUCAGAACAGACUGGGAAGUCAAAAUGGCUCCAGAGCCUGCAUCAAAUGAUGGAUUCAACACGUGACGUUUCUGCAUCAUGUGAUGUAUCACUUUCAGUCCAGUUUUGGAAUCUGGUAGUGGCAGAUUAAAGAGGCGAGGAGGUGGCAGCAACCCCUGAACCCUUCUCUUGGCUGCCACUUCUUCAUGGCUGAGGAAACUGCUGCCUUCUUGCCAGCCAUUGUCCCUUUAUGUAAGAGUUAUGGUAGCUGCUCUGCUUGUCUCAGACCACCCUCAUGAGGAGGCAUGUUCAUUGUAAAAACAGGUGUGAGCACAUCAGCUGCUCCCUACCCUCCUCUUCCUCAGACUUGGUUCUCUUCUUCAGACCCAACUAGUGGUGAUUAAACACUCUUCCUCAACUCUACAACAUGGCCUCCUCCCUAUCACAGCCAGCCAGAGCCAUGCUGAGGCCCCGGGGCCCUGUCGCGCAUGAACUGGCCUUGGCUGGCCAGAACAGCAACACACCAGAGGUUCCUGAGGAUCUGAUGUUCAUUCACUAAUUCACUAGCAUAACUACAUUCUCAGGCCAUGGAGUGCACACACGUUUCAUGGUAUAACCCUAGUGCAAUAAAGUAGCCUAUCAUAUAGCUCUUAGUACAUGCAUUAAUUCUUUUAAUUGGAGCCUAAUUAAAUUGUUUAUGGCUCCUUAUUAUCCAGCAACACAGAGGCCCCAUUGUGCACCCAGGAAAUUGUUCCAGCAUUUUUUGUGAGGGGGGCUGUCCCUUUCAUACAAAAUUUGGGGAUGCUCUGUGCAUGCAAUAGGAAUGCUUACAUGGAGCAUUUCCUAAAACCUGAAAUGAACGUGGCACCCUCUUCUCACAUAAUACUCACUGAACGUUUGGGAUUCUGCAGAGCUUUGGCUUGCAGUAUAGAAGUCAACUGUACAGUUUUGUAUAUAACAGUCUUGUAUCUAUUAUAUUAAAAGGUUUUCCAGUAUUUGGUAUCUCAGAUUACAAAACUAUAUCCUGUAGCGACAUUAAUUUGCUGAAGCAAACAGAGGUUCUGCUUCUGUACAAUGUUAGGUAUCAUAUCAGUGCCAUAAAGAAAAGCUUCCAUAUAAUUUAGUGCUGGCAAUUAGGACCCACUGGACAGUACUGAGGCUUGUUGACACUAAUAUCCUUUGUUUUCAUUAACCGUGUGGUCUCAAAGAUGUUUAGCCAGCCUUCAUAUCGGUAAUACAUUUUAUAUACUGUAGAUUUGCCAAGAACAAAUGCCACUCAGAUGGAAAUGUUUAGUAUUUUCCCAGGAUUUUGAAAACUAAAUUGUGCCUUGUGAUUAUUUUAAAUCAUGUGAUACACUGUGUGUGAUAAUAGUGUGCCCAUUAUACUAAUGCCAAUUGAGGUAUCGCUUUAUUUUUGGCAUCUUUUCUUACAUAUUUCCAAAGGCAUCAAAACAAUUACUGUACAUAAAAUGUAUACAGCUGUGCAUGUUGGUUCAACCCUACUUGUUUAAAACUUUCUUUCUGCUUUGUAGCAACCUAAUAAUUGUUAAGAACAGGGACUCGUAUAUAUUUGCUCUCAACUCUUCAUCCUGCCCAGUGCACCAAAGGCAUUCACUUUGAACAACGUCGAUUCUUGCAGCUUCACUCACUCAGUUCUGGAGUCCAAACAGCAGUCUGGGCACGAGCCAGUCAAAUAUGAAGCCCACCCUCAGCCGUUAUAUUCAGGAGUGAGACCCACCAAUUCUAACAGGGCUCACUUUCAAGCAAGCGUGCAAAGUACGACAGCCUCAAAAUCAUUUUCGUUUCUUAUUUCACAAUGCACUCCUAAACAGAUUGCCACCCUUCUAAACCCACUGGAUGUAAUUCUGCUAAGGACUGGAUUGUUAAUUUUUCCCAUUGUGAUCAAAGAACAUGCUUGCCUUGAUCUAUUUUCAAAUCAAGCAUGCCAAUCAAUAG